CUCCAUCUUAAUUACACCAAGUAAGCUUCUGUCCUUCACUUUAAUCCGUUCUAUGUACAUACAUAGGAUCCCCACACGCACACAUCAGUACACUAGAUGAAAUACGAGUGGGCGGCACGGCGCCUCCGGGAGCAUCCUGGGAUCUGAGCACUUUUGCCUAAUUCUUCUGUACCUGUUACCUGUAUUUGUUUGACUGUUGCCCAGGACGAGCAAAAUUAAGUCAAGAGGAGAUAAUCUCUUUAUCUAUAUUAUUCACAAAUUAGGUAUUCCCACCAUCUGGUUUUCUCAUAUAUACUUUGCAUACAUAGUCUGCAACCAAAAGUGCUCCGUUCCAAGAUAUGAGGCCAGAAACAAGAACGGCCGAUAGUGGCUUGCCUAACCUGAAUCAUAUCCAUGAUUCCCUUAUUGAGAUAGCAUACAAAGCUGGAGAGAUCAUCAUGGGUGCUCUCCCCACUACGGAUGGUAUUGGAUCGAAGAAGAAUAGUGCGGACCUUGUCACUCAAUAUGACCGUGCGGUGGAAGAAAUGAUAUCAACAGCGCUGAAGGAGAAGUACCCAGAUUAUUUGUUCCAUGGAGAAGAGACAUAUGACCCAGGUCAUCCCUUGACUACUGCCCCCACUUUUGUGAUUGACCCCAUCGACGGGACAAUUAAUUUUGUGCACGGCUUCCCCCAUGCAUGUGUAUCUCUUGGGUUCGCCGUUGACCGGGUUCCCGUGGUUGGUAUCGUAUACAACCCAUUCGAUAAGACCCUUUAUUCUGCCAUUAGUGGCCAAGGGGCGUUCCUAAACCGCAGUGCCAAACUUCCACUCAAGGGAAUAGACCUCGAGCCACUACAAGGCCUGCAGAACUCUCUCAUCGGUGUUGAAUGGGGAUCCGAUAGAAAGGGGAGGAAUUGGGAAACAAAGGUACGAACCUUGGAGAAGCUCGGCCAAUCUAAAGAUGAGGGCGGUGCAAUGGUUCGUUCGAUGCGUAGCACGGGUUCGGCUGCACUCAACCUUUGUGCGGUAGCCGCUGGCACUCUUGACUUGUACUGGGAAGGCGGUUGUUGGGCGUGGGAUGUGUGCGCUGGCUGGGUUAUCCUCACCGAGGCCGGUGGCAUAAUGGUUGACGGUAAUCCUGGCGGGUGGCAGGCUGCCAUAGACGGAAGAGUCUACCUUGCUGUCAGAGCUUCUCCAAACCAGAUUGGUCAAAGGGAGCUUGUUGAGGAAUUCUGGGGAAAUAUUCAAGGGAGGCUUGAGUAUUGACGUAUCCAUCGUACUGACACAAGCCUACCAGCAAUACGGCUGGUCAAAGAUUAGGCCUUCUCGUG